AUGGGGUGGCCAAGAGUUGGCUCCACAGCCUUCCUCUGUGGGGGACUCCUCACUGCCUUCCUCUUAAGGGAGGCAUCUGGGCAAAGCAAGCAGCCAGAGAGCCAGGUGUGCUCCCGCCACGUCGUACGCAUCCCUCUCGUCUACAAUGAAACGUAUGCCAAGCCUCAGCAUCAACCCUACCUGACGCUGUGCCCUGGGCCCCGGGUCUGCAGCACCUACAGGACUAUGUACCGGGUGGCCACGCGGCAAGUGAAGAAGGAGAUCCUGCAGGCCAACGCCAUCUGCUGCCAAGGAUGGAAGAAACGGCACUUGGGGGACCAGAAGUGUGAGGAAGCUGUCUGCCACAAACCAUGUCAGAACGGAGGCACCUGCGUCCAACCAAACCAGUGCCAGUGCCCGCCAGGCUGGGGGGGACGGUACUGCCAUGUCGAUCUGGAUGAGUGCCGGGCACCUGUCCCGCUGUGCGCACAGCACUGCGUCAACACCCCAGGGAGCUACUAUUGCCAGUGCGACCCUGGCUAUAUGCUGGCUCCAGAUGGCAAAAGCUGCCACCUGCUUCCUACGGCCCAGGCUGCCCCCGGGCCCAACAGCAAAGGGGUGCGUGUGUGGAGAGACAAGGGUGCUGAGGACUGGGGAACCAAGGAGGCAGAGGAGCAACGAAUCGGGCCUGGUUCUCACAGCAAACACACAGAGCAAACGUUCGAGACGCAGGAGAGGAUUUCCAACGAAGUCCAGGAACUUCAAGUGAAACUAGAGCAGCUGGAAAAGCGCCUGGAUCGUGCCGUUUCCGCCUUGCCGCCCCUCCUGGAACCCACCCAGAUGAAAGAGUUGUGGGGUCGCCUUCAGUACCUGGACCAGGUGGAAUCCCUCAGCGACCAGCUCCUCUUUCUGGAAGAGAAACUGGGGGACUGUGCCUGUCAGAAUGGCAAAAACAGCUUUGGCUACAAUAUCGCCCGGUGAUGCCAGGACGCAACAUGGAUUUCGAGGUCGACCUCCCCCUCCCCCCGCCUUGAUGACUCCU